UCGCACCGAAUUCUCACUGCAGAGAUCCAGAACCUGGGCUGAACGCGGGAUACGCCUGCCGCCUCACUUGAGCUUCUCGAGGGGCGGUCGUGCGGCAGGAUGAGUGCAGACUCGGACCCGGUGGUCAUCGUCUCGGCGGCGCGCACCAUCAUAGGCUCCUUCAAUGGUGCCUUAUCCACCGUUCCUGUGCAUGACCUGGGCUCAACUGUCAUCAGAGAGGUCCUGAAAAGGGCCGCUGUGGCUCCCGAAGAGGUCUCGGAGGUCAUAUUUGGACACGUUUUGGCAGCAGGCUGUGGGCAGAACCCUGUUCGACAGGCCAGUGUGGGUGCAGGAAUCCCCUACUCUGUUCCUGCGUGGAGCUGCCAAAUGAUCUGCGGGUCAGGCCUGAAAGCUGUGUGCCUUGCAGCCCAGUCAAUAAAGAUAGGAGACUCCAGCAUUGUUGUUGCAGGAGGCAUGGAAAACAUGAGCAAGGCUCCUCAUUUGGUUCAUUUGAGGACGGGAGUCAAGCUUGGGGAAAAACCACUGGUUGACAGUAUACUCUGUGACGGGCUCACCGACGCCUUCCACAACUAUCACAUGGGCAUUACAGCUGAAAAUGUGGCCAAACAAUGGCAAGUGAGCAGAGAGGACCAGGACAAGGUUGCAGUUCUGUCCCAAAACAGGACGGAGAAUGCACAGAAGGCGGGCCGUUUUGACAAAGAGAUCGUACCAGUUUUUGUAUCUUCUAAAAAAGGUCUUACUGAAGUUAAAACAGACGAGUUUCCUCGCCAUGGGAGCAACAUGGAAGCCGUGUCUAAGCUAAAGCCUUGCUUCCUUAUGGAUGGAACGGGAACAGUCACCCCAGCUAAUGCUUCAGGAAUGAAUGACGGUGCUGCAGCAGUGGUUCUUAUGAAGAAGUCUGAAGCUGGCAACCGUGGGCUCACACCCCUAGCACAGAUAGUUUCCUGGGCACAAGCAGGUGUGGAGCCUUCCAUUAUGGGAAUAGGACCAAUUCCAGCAAUAAAGCAAGCUAUUACAAAGGCAGGAUGGUCACUGGAGGAUGUUGAUGUCUUUGAAAUCAAUGAAGCCUUUGCAGCCCUCUCUGUUGCAAUAGCUAAAGAACUUGGAUUAAACCCAGAGAAGGUAAGCAUAAGCAAGCAAUCCUGAGAACGUGCAAAUGAA